GGUAAAUCAGCAUGAGGUUCGUAUCCUUCCUGUUUUGUCAACCUUUGAAGCUAUCUUAGCAGAUGGCUGGUCCGUUGGCAAAGAUCGGCUAGUCCCAGAGAUGAGAGUCGCUGGAGAAUGUAAGUCCUUGUCCAGCAGGCUCUCAAAUUGCAGUAAUGUAUUGCGCUCCAGUCAAUGAAUGGGGGCAAAUUCAGUGGCGAGCUGCAAUACCAAGGGAGCAUUAUGAAUGUGCGAUGUGCAUCGCUCAAAAAGAUACGAACAUUUUGAGUGCCUCCUUGCGCGUUUUUCAAGAGUUUUUCGUUGGUCUUUCCCCAAAGAUCCAUCUUCGACGAUGUAAUUCAUUGUAAUUCCAUCACAGGUUCAUGCCACUUCCAUCACUGCCACCCUUCCUUAUGCCACGUUUACAACACUUGUGACCUUCUGAAGCUGCGAAAAGGGCCUCCAUUCGCAAAAACGCCUGUCAGAGUGAUUGUCUCAUCUCGUUUCAACUCUAGACAUGGGCAUUUUGUUUGCGGCCCGAGAGGCAGAAUGGAAACCGUUUCUCCAUUUUGCACUAUCUCGAUUUUGUGCUUUUAAUUUUACAUAUUCCAUCCUUUUUGUUUGAGUUAACCAACCAAACCGCCACCAGAUCCUUUUGGUGGUUCCCUCAAUUCCCAAGCUAUGCUGCUGGUGUCCAUUGCCUUGAGCUUGGUGGCCAAUUGGGUGGCCUCUGAGAACAUCACCGGCCUCACUGGAGAGGUGGCAUGCGGCCAUGUCACCCGGCCUCUCCAAUACCCGCGGGAGCCGGUUGCUCCGGACGACCCGGACGACCCCGGAGGGCGGGGUGUGGAAGGAAGUGAGGGCCUGGUCCGCAAGCUUCCAAGACGGAUGGUUUCGAUGUGCGACGGCAUGUUGAGGAUGGUUUUAUAUAUAUAUAUAAGGAACUCCCAAAAGAUCAUUUGACCAGGUGGGAUGCCAAAGUUUGUGGCUACUUGUUUCGGGUCCAUGAAGAGAAUGGCGGCAACACCUGAAGAUGCAAUGAACCUGUGGACCUCAAUGGAUGGAACUCUGAGGCCUUUCCUGCGAUCCUCCUCGAUCCUUUGGGCGCUUCUGUUUGCUUGAUGGUCUUAGGGAUCUUGUUGAGUCCUUUCGUGGGCACAUUUGAGACGAUGUCUGAUGUGAUGAUCCAUCGCUUCGGACCUGUUGUGGGCGGCCUGGCUUCAGCUUUAUCGCUGACUGGCUCCAUGCUGUGGGCAGGAGCCCAGUACAAAGCAAUUCUGAGCCUCGCUGCCAGUCUCAACCUCUUUCCGAGUGAAUUUCUGGAAGCCUCAGUUGCACUUGGGCUUUUGCUUUGGUUUGUGGCUGGUGGACUCAUGGCGGACAUUUGGCUGGACGCGCUGUCCAUGUUGAUCGUAGCUCCCACGAUGAUCCUGUUGGCAUACGUGGCCGUGAAUGAAACUCCACAUGCUGCUUGGGAAGCCGAACAGGUCCACGUCUGGUCUGUUGCGCCAUCACUGGCGGCCAACAAGUUUGCGGUGGGCCUUUUUGGGAAUCUCUUCACUGAAGAGCUCGCAGGUCGCAUACUUUCUGCUCGAUCUCCUGGACAGGCGAAGGUCGCUUGCAUCAUCGCAGCCUUGCUCUUUGGAAGCAUCGGCUUGUCACCUGCAGUGCUUGGGAUUUGGGCAAAGUCCAUGCUGAAGCACGCUGAGAUGGAUCUGUGUGAAUCACAAGAUGAGAUCAUCGGGAUGACAGUGAAGCAGUUGCUGCCUGGUCAAUUCCAUGGCCGAGAUCAUCUUUUGGUUGCAAUUCUGAUCUUGGAAUCCUUGAAUACUGUCGACACAAGCAUCCUCAUGUGUGCAAAGGUCAUGACGAAUCAAGCACAGCGAUUCCGCUUCACGCUGCAAAUUCCAGGGGCAGAUACUGCAUCGAUUGUACUGGCCCUUGGUAUAGUUAUUGGUGUGUCCAGAUUUGGUGAGAACGUGUGGGAGCUUGCAGAAUGGGCGACUGCGGCUGUUGGUGUACCCUUGGCCUUGCUUUGCCUUUUGAUCCCAUUCCAAGCCACGGAUCGAUGGACUGCUGGGCUCAGCGCUUUUGUAGCACAGGGAGGUUUUUUGCUGCUCAUCUCGCAGAACGUCGAGAUGCCAUUUGUUUGGGCUCUUUUGAUGGGAAUGAUUUCCUAUGGAAUUAUAAGGAUGAAAUCCUGAAAAUUUAGUAAUUUUUCAGGCAUAAAUGACAUGAUAAGCCAA